AUGGCAUCCUCCAUCGGCGCCGUCUCUGGAGAAAAGGACACUCAGUCUACAGCUCCAUCAUUGACAAACCUUGCGUUCAAAGAGGUUUGCCGUCAGCUGGAGGCAUUCGUCGUCGGAGAUAAGGCAUCUGCCUGGUUCCACAUCCCCCCGCCUAUCUCUGUUUCACCGCCAGUGAGAAUCUGCUGGUAUACAGAUGGUGACAAUAUCUCGCGAGUGUUAACUCUACCUCUUGACUCGAACGCGGACUCUAAGUCUACAUCCGAUGAUUUGCACCAGUUGGUGGUGGGUUGCGAACCCGCGAGCUUUGGCAAGGGACAGGAGGAAGUUCUUGAUCCUCGAUAUCGUAAAGCUCGAAAGCUUGAGCCCCGACAUUUCUUUACCAGCUUUCAUCCAUCGGACUUCGGAAUCCUUCAAAAUGUGGAGCAAAUUCUCCUUCCGAACUUCAACACACUGUCCCAAAACGCUCUACCCUUCCGGAAACUGAGUGCCGAGUUAUACAAACUGAAUGUUUACUCGGGACCAUCUGGCCUUUUCCGGCAGCAUGUUGACACACCACGAUCCCAGAGCCAGAUCGGCUCGCUGGUUGUUUGCUUACCCUCUCCUUUCAAAGGCGGCAACUUGGUCGUUCAACACGAGGGAAAACAGGUUGCGUUUGACUGGAGUCACCAGAGUGCGUCUGCGAUUCAAUGGGCAGCAUUCUAUAGUGACUGUGAGCACCAGAUCGAAACAGUCACAGAGGGCGAGCGCAUUACCUUGACAUACAACCUCUAUGUAACCGAGCCAGUAGGGGGAUCGAUUCCGCCAAGCUUGAUUAUUGAUCCAAAGAGCUUGCCCGUGCAUAGCUUCAUGAAAGAACUUGUCAUGGAGCCAGCCAUUAUGAAAGAGGGUGGCGCUUUCGGGUUCUAUUGCUCUCACGCUUAUCCUCAUACAUCCGAUGAGGCUCCAAUGCUACUUCCAAGGGCACUAAAGGGUGCUGACCUUGUGUUGUACUCUGUUUUCAAAUCCCUUGGUAUACAAAUUAAUGUUGUUCCAGUGAUUAUGGAAGAUGACUAUAAAGAGGAGGACUACGAUGAUUAUGAAGAGGAUAACUCCGAGCAAUCCGAGAAAGGUGAACAACAGCAAUCUGACAAAGUGCGCGUUGGACACAAGCUACAUCCAUACGUUGCCUCUGACCACAUGACUGAAGAAGGAGAGUCGUCGCUCCGAGCACUCGAUUGGGCUUGGCCGGGCAAACACAGGCCAGAGGUCACAUGGAUCGGUUCUCCGACCCACCAAAAGAUGGCCCUUAGCCAUAUCGCUUACGGAAACGAGCCUUCGCAAAGCACAAUCUACUCGUAUGCAGCGAUGAUAGCCGAGAUCCCACCAUUCCUAGAGCGACAAGGUCUUACUGAUGCGUGA